AUGGCUGGACUCAAGUACAUGAGCGGCUUUGGGAACGACUUCUCCUCUGAAGACCCCCGCUGCCCCGGAUCCCUACCCGAUGGACAGAACAAUCCUCAAGUGUGCCCUUAUGGCCUUUAUGCCGAGCAACUCUCUGGCUCUGCCUUCACCUGCCCAAGGCCAACCAACAAGAGGAGCUGGUUGUAUCGGAUUCUCCCAUCGGUCAAGCACAAGCCCUUCACCCCGGUGUACUGUGGAAACAUUACGGAGAGCUGGAACGAGGUUGACCCUGAUCCUAACCAGCUAAGAUGGCUUCCCUUCACCAUCCCUAAAUCGAUGGACAAGAAAAUUGACUUUGUGUCUGGUCUCAAUACAAUUUGCGGCGCUGGUGAGGCCAAGUCUCGUAAUGGCAUUGGCAUUCACAUGUAUACCUGCAACACUUCCAUGUUGGACAGGUGUUUCAACAACUCAGAUGGAGACUUUAUGAUUGUCCCUCAGCAGGGAGACCUCUUGAUCACCACUGAGUUUGGGAAGAUGAUGGUCGAGCCGAACGAGAUCUGCGUCAUCCAGCAAGGGAUGCGUUUUGCAGUGGAAGUUUUUGGAGAAUCUCGAGGCUAUAUACUGGAAGUGUACGGGACGCAUUUUGAACUCCCUGACCUGGGACCCAUCGGAGCAAAUGGUCUGGCAAAUCCCCGCGACUUCCUGUGCCCGGUCGCAUGGUACGAAGACCGCACCUUGUCUUUAGGCUACACAAUCAUCAACAAGUACCAAGGAAAACUCUUCGCCUGCCAACAGGAGUUUUCGCCAUUCAAUGUGGUCGCCUGGCACGGAAACUACACCCCUUACAAGUACAACCUGGAGAAGUUCAUGGCGAUCAACUCUGUGUCCUUUGAUCAUGCGGACCCAUCUAUCUUCACUGUGCUGACCGCCAAAUCCACACGUCCAGGUGUUGCUAUUGCAGACUUUGUCAUCUUUCCCCCACGCUGGGGUGUGGCCGACCGUACUUUCCGUCCUCCAUACUACCAUCGUAACUGCAUGAGUGAAUUCAUGGGGUUGAUCAAAGGGCACUACGAGGCCAAAGAGGAGGGCUUCUUGCCAGGAGGGGGCAGUCUCCACAGCAUGAUGACUCCUCAUGGUCCUGAUGCAUACUGCUUUGAGAAGAACAGCACCACUGAUCUGGAACCUGAGAGGGUCGCUGAAGGAACUAUGGCUUUCAUGUUUGAGUCCUCAUUCAGCAUGGCAGUGACCAAAUGGGGCCUGGAAACUUGUCAGCGACUGGACAAGACCUACUAUCAGUGCUGGGAACCUCUACGCAGCCACUUCAACCCCUCCUGGAGACCCUACAGGAAGUAG